AUGGAAGCUUUUGAGAACUUGGCACCCAGCAGCAUCAAGGGCUGUAUUGACAAGGCCGACAGACAACUCUACAAGCUGGCCGAGUACAUAAAGGGGCUACAAGAAGUCGAAGCGAGUGACAAUGAAAGCGUAGAAGGCAGCAGCGAUGGCGGCAGUGUGACAAGCAGCACCCUCGCGGCUGUCAACACGAGAUUGACCUCGUGCCCGGCGCAAAGUAUUGUGUAA